AUGGGAAGGCAUUUCGUGACGUUUUCAGCGUGCCGCAAUCAAUACUGGUUUGUAUGUGCCUCAUUCCUUAUCUGGUUUCUAUUGCUUUGUGUAUACCACUCGCAGUUCAUGGUAGGAAAGAGCCUGAUUGCAUUGUUAGGUAAUCACAAUAUCAACAUUUCUUUCGAUGUUGCUAGUGAGUCUGAUAAUCUCGUUGACUCGGUUUCUCUGCCCGAAGAAAUCAAUGAAAGUAGUAGCAGAAAAUCUAGAGAUGAUGCUCAUAUGAACAUUGUUUUCAAUGACCGAAGUGGUGGGGAUUUUAAUCUGAGAACGAAAGAUGUUUUCGGAAUCACAGAACAUGGCUUUGAAAAAUUUGGGCACCUUUCUAAGAAGGAAUCAGAGCCUCGUAAAUACAUUUAUGUUCAUGACAUCCCUAGCAAGCUUAACAAGGACUUGUUGAAGAAAUGUGGUUCGCUUAGCAAUUGGACUGACAUGUGUGAGCUCGCAUCAAACUUUGGUCUUGGUCCCCAUCUUUCGAAUUUUGAAAAAGUUUACUCAAACACUGGUUGGUUUGCUACAAAUUGUUUGACAAAAAACUCAUCCCUAGCUUCAGCCAUUUUCGUACCUUAUUACGCUGGCCUAGACGUCGCACGCUACCUUUGGGGACCGAGCAUUUCCAUGAGAGAUUCUGGCUCGCUUGAGAUUGCGAAAUGGCUGAGGGAAAAACCAGAGUGGAAGAAAAUGUGGGGGAGAGAUCAUUUUAUGGUGGCAGGAAGAAUUACUUGGGAUUUUCGGAGAUGGACUGACAAGGAUUCGGAGUGGGGAACGAAGCUUAUGCUCUUGCCCGAAUCGAAAAACAUGACAAUGUUGGCAAUGGAAUCCAGCCCUUGGAACAGCAAUGACUUUGCCAUACCAUAUCCAACGUACUUCCACCCUUCAAAAGACAUUGAGGUGUUCCAAUGGCAGAACCGAAUGAGGAAGCAGAAGCGGCCCAUAUUGUUCUCCUUCGCUGGAGGCCCUAGACCUAAUCUCCAAAACUCAAUCCGCAACGAAAUCAUAGACCAAUGCAGGGCAGCAAGGAGAAAAUGCAAGCUCCUAGAAUGCACAUCCGGUCCGGACAAGUGCCACAAGCCGAUUUUUGUCAUGAAAAUGUUCCAAGGCUCCGUCUUCUGCCUGCAGCCUCCCGGGGACUCUCUAACCCGAAGAUCAAUCUUCGAUUCAAUCCUCGCAGGCUGCAUUCCUGUGUUCUUCCACCCAGGGUCCGCGUACGUUCAAUACCUAUGGCAUCUCCCCAAGGACUACACCAAAUACUAAGUCCUCAUACCGGCAUUCGACAUAAAGAAAGGGAAGGUGAGCAUUGAGAGGACACUCAAUAACAUUCUGAGGCAGAAAGUUUACGACAUGAGAGAGGAGGUUGUGAAGCUAAUUCCGAGAGUGAUAUACGCCGAUCCAGGCUCUAGAUUGGAGACGCUGGAGGAUGCAUUCGACAUUGCGGUUAAAGGGGUUCUUGAGAGAGUGGAAACAAUUAGGAAGGACAUGAGAGAAGGGAAGAACACAAGCUUCGAUUACGUAGAGAAAGUGAGUUGGAAGUACAAUUUGUUUGGGACUGUGGAGGAACAUGAGUGGGAUCCUUUCUUUGAGAGACAACAUUUUUAA